AUGGUUCCUUGGGCACAUCUAGCUCUAGUCUCUCUUUUAACCCCGCUUAUCCUGGCUUCCCCCGUGCCAGAAGAAUUCGCUUCUACUACAAACCUACACAAGAGAGCAGAAGAAAGCUAUGAAUCACCUCCAUACUAUCCCACCCCUCCUGGAGGCUGGAUUCCCGACUGGAGUGAAGCCUACUCCAAGGCGCAUCAUCUCGUUAGCAAUAUGACCUUGGCCGAGAAGGUUAACCUGACGACAGGCACUGGCUUCUUCAUGGGACCCUGUGUAGGGCAGACAGGGAGCGUGCCUCGCCUGGGUGUGCCCAACCUGUGCCUCCAAGACAGUCCUCUAGGAGUCCGCAACUCGGACCACAACACUGCCUUCCCGCCUGGUAUCACCGUUGGCGCAACCUUCAACAAAGACCUCAUGUAUGAGCGAGGUGUUGGGCUCGGCGAAGAGGCUCGCGGCAAGGGAGUUAACGUACUCCUCGGACCAUCUGUGGGAGCACUCGGGCGCAAGCCACGCGGCGGGCGGAAUUGGGAAGGCUUCGGUGCUGAUCCAAUUCUCCAGGGCUAUGGAGGCGCCCAGACUGUGAAGGGUAUGCAGAGUACCGGGACUAUCGCAGCCAUCAAGCAUUACAUUGGUAAUGAGCAGGAAAUGCACCGUAUGAGCAGUGUUGUUACCAAGGGCUAUUCCUCUAAUAUUGAUGAUCGCACAUUGCAUGAGUUGUACCUCUGGCCUUUUGCCCAGGGUGUUCGUGCGGGGGUCAAUAGCUCUGCAUGCUCCCAAAACAGCAAGUUGCUUAAUGAUAUUCUCAAAGAUGAGCUUGGUUUCCAAGGAUUUGUGAUGACGGAUUGGUUGGGCCAUUACUCUGGCGUUGCGUCCGCCAUAGCUGGCUUGGACAUGUCGAUGCCUGGCGACGGAGCAGUCCCCUUGUUCGGGGAUUCAUACUGGGGUGCUGAGCUGUCGCGCUCGAUCCUGAAUGGCAGUGUUCCCGUAGACCGUCUCAACGAUAUGGUUCAACGUAUCGUUGCCACUUGGUAUAAACACGGACAGGAUAAGGACUAUCCCCUGCCAAACUUCUCGACCAAUACUCAAAACGAAAAGGGCCUGAUUUACCCCGGAGCCGUAUUUUCUCCAAUUGGUGUUGUUAACCAGUUUGUCGAUGUGAGGGGCAAUCACAACAUCACCGCGAGAGCAGUCGCACGGGAAGCAAUUAAUUUGCUAAAAAACGACAUGGACAUUCUUCCUCUAAAUAGGGAUGAUUCUCUCAAAGUAUUUGGCACGGAUGCGGGUGGAAAUCCAAACGGUCUCAACUCAUGUGCAGAUCAAGGAUGCAACAAAGGCGUUUUGACCAUGGGCUGGGGAAGUGGCACAGCCAGGCUACCCUAUCUCAUUACGCCCCAAGAGGCAAUCUCUAAUAUCACUAAGAAUGCUGAGUUCCACAUUACCGACAAAUUCCCCUCGGACGUUACCGCCGAUGCUAAGGAUAUCGCUCUUGUUUUCAUCAGUGCCGAUUCAGGUGAAAACUUUAUUACGGUCGAAGGAAACCCAGGAGAUCGAACUAAAGCUGGACUCAAUGCUUGGCACAAUGGUGAUGAUCUCGUCAAAGCAGCAGCAGAAAAGUUCUCUAAUGUGGUCGUCAUUGUCCAUACCGUCGGGCCCAUUCUUAUGGAAGAGUGGAUUGAACUCAAGUCCGUCAAAGCAGUGGUAGUGGCACAUCUCCCUGGACAAGAGGCUGGAAACUCUCUUACCGAUGUCCUGUUUGGGGACUAUAGUCCGAGUGGCCACAUGCCGUACACCAUUCCACGCAGCGAAGAUGAUUACCCGGAUAGCGUGGACUUGAUAGACCAACCAUUUGGGCAGAUCCAGGACACAUAUACCGAGGGGUUAUAUAUCGACUAUCGUCACUUCAUCAAGGCCAAUAUCACACCUCGGUAUCCAUUCGGUCACGGCCUCUCCUAUACUACCUUUAACUUCUCCCAGCCUUCGCUGUCAAUGGGAACUCCACUAGACUCAGAGUACCCAGCUGCACGACCCACCAAGCCGUCAACUCCCUCCUAUAAUACCAGCAUCCCGGACGCAUCGGAAGUCGCCUGGUCCUCUACUAGCUUCACCCGCAUCUGGCGCUACCUCUACCCCUACCUGGAAAAGCCCGAGUCAAUCACUCCAACGAAGAAAUACGACUACCCGGACGGCUAUAGCACCGAGCCGCACGCAGUCCCCCGGGCCGGAGGUGGCGAGGGCGGAAAUCCCGCUCUCUUUGAGACUGUAUUUUCGGUCCAGGUGGAGGUCCGGAAUACGGGUAAACGAACUGGCAAGGCUGUCGCCCAAUUGUAUGUUGAACUUCCGUCUAGUCUGGCGCUUGACACACCUACGUUGCAGCUCCGGCAGUUUGAGAAGACAAAGGAGCUCGCACCUGGUCAGAGUGAGACGGUUACGCUGCAUCUUACUCGGAAGGAUGUUAGUGUUUGGGAUAUUGUCGUACAGGAUUGGAAGGCCCCUGUCAAUGGACAGGGCAUUAAGAUCUGGGUUGGAAAUAGUGUUGCUGAUCUGCCUGUCCUCUGCGUGGUUGGAGGAAAGUGUUCGGCUCAAUAA